UGAAGAUGAUGAGAGUGCAGUGGGAAGGGGAUAUUGCAGUGGAGGGUGGAAGGAGGCAAAAACAAACAACAGGACAGGCUGAACCAAGUCUCAAGAUGUAGCUGCUGCUUCAGAGGAGUGCCUCAGUCAGACGGUGUCUGUGAACGCACCACCACAUCAAAGACUGUGAAGGUGGAGAGGUGCAACCUGAGAAGCCCUCCCUCUCCACUUCUGCUUAAGAUGACAAAUUAGUUUAUAUUCAUCAAGGAGCGAAUAAACACCCUGAGUUGAACUGUGCCUGCAUAAAGCAGCUGUGCUGUUUGUAAAUGCGCUCCAGUCCCAGCUGAAGUGUCAGUGCUGAAGCGAGCCAUCAUGUCUCUUGACGUGAUGUUGUUAUCCAGGAUCAGAUGUUGUCCACGGCUCAGCAGAUGCUGCAAGAUAGCCGCACCAAGAUCGAGCUGAUCCGACUGCAGAUCAUCAAAGUCACCCAGGUUGGCAGCAGUACCGGUGGUGAUGGAGGUGGACACCAUGACCGCUCCACUUGUGGAGAGAUGUCUCCAGUAAGUGUCAGCCCCGUGGAUGCUCGUUUAGCAGAGCUGCAGCAAUACGUGCAGCGAGAAACAGAUGCAUUAGUGCUGGCCAAAGACGUGGUGAAGCAACUGGAGGGGAUCUCCGAGCUGGACCAGAAGGCUCUGGCUGAGGCUCAGUCCCGGGUCCAGGAGUCCUCUCAGAAAUUGGAACUUCUGCAGCUGUCCCUUGAGAAAUGGCUGAAGGAAAAACAGCGGGUAUCUCUGGAGAAGCCUGCUGAAGGACUGGACUCUUCAGGAGGACGACUGUCACCCCCAACCCCCCGUCCUGGGUGCCCCCUCUCCACUUCACCGUCCAUCUUCUCCAUCAGACCUGCGUCUUUAACUGGGAAACUUGAAGUCAGGCUUCUUGGAUGUGAGGAUUUAAUGGAACCUUUGACAGACUUGAAGCAGGAAACCCUCAUGAUUACAACUGAUGAUGGUUCGCCAGUUCCUUGCAAGACCGACGGAUCUCCUGAAGAGGUCAGUGCGGUGCUGCGGCUGGAUGGCAGAGUUGUUGGCCGGACAAGCUGGGUGGCCAUGGGCAGGCUGAGCUGGGAUCAGAUGUUCUGCAUCCAGCUGGAGCGGUCUCGAGAGCUGGAGGUGUGCGUUUUCUGGCGGGAUCAGAGGACGAUGUGUGCAGUGAAGUUCCUGCGGCUGGAGGAGAUGAUGGACAGCUCGAAUGACAACCAGGGUUUCAGUCUGGAGCCACAGGGCCUCCUCUUCACCAAGCUUCAGUUCAUCAACACUGUGGUUGAGCGGCAGCCCAGACUGCGGCGUCAGCGAUGCAUCUUCACCAAAGAGAGAGGGAAGAACUUUCUCAGAGCAGCGCAGAUGAACAUGAACUUUGCUACGUGGGGUCAUCUAAUGAUGAACAUCCUCCCUCGGUACACCUCUUUCACCACCCUCAGUUCAAAUCGCUCCACAACCCCCGACCUGGGCGUCAGCAGCUCCACACAUCCGGCUGAAAAAGAGCCUCAAACCACCCCGUCACUGCCAAGAGAAGCUCCAGUAAUCAGACUGAGCAUCUCUGAGGACUCGCCGCCUCCCGUUAGCCUUGACCAGGAAGAAAACACUUCUGACAUCAUCCCGGCAACCCAAAAAACAUCAUGUGUGCCUGCUCUGCCAGAAAAACUGUUAUCCAUAAACACGACAGAAGGAAGUGAAGAUCAGCCUGUAUCUGCUCUAAAGAUGCAGAUGGACGAUUUCGAAUACAUUUCGGUUCUGGGACGUGGACAUUUUGGAAAGGUGCUUCUGGCAGAGUUCAAGAAGACGGGGAAACUGUAUGCCAUCAAAGCCUUGAAGAAGAGGGACAUCGUCACUCGUGAUGAAGUGGAGAGCCUCAUGAGUGAGAAGAGGAUAUUUGAGAUGAUCAACGCCUCCAGACAUCCAUUCCUGGUUAACCUCCACGGCUGCUUCCAGACCAGCGACCACGUCUGCUUCGUCAUGGAGUAUUUACCAGGCGGAGACCUCAUGAUCCACAUCCACAACGACGUCUUCACCGAGGCCCAGACCAGGUUUUAUUCAGCGUGUGUCCUGCUGGGAUUGGAGUUCCUGCACCUGAAUAAAAUCAUCUAUCGAGAUCUGAAGCUGGACAACCUGUUGAUGGAUGCAGAUGGAUACGUGAAAAUCACAGACUUUGGACUUUGUAAAGAAGGGAUGGGUCAUGGAGAUCGCACCUCAACUUUCUGUGGGACUCCGGAGUUUCUCGCUCCUGAGGUCCUGACGGAUGACAACUACACCCGAGCGGUGGACUGGUGGGGGAUGGGCGUCCUCAUCUAUGAGAUGCUCGUCGGAGAGUCUCCAUUCCCUGGUGAAGAUGAGGAGGAGGUGUUUGACAGCAUCGUCAAUGACGACGUGCAGUAUCCAGCGUCUCUUCCUCCUGAUGCCGUCAUCAUCAUUCAAAAGCUGCUGAAGAAGAACCCAGAGAAAAGGCUCGGAGCUGGAGAGAGAGAUGCAAACGAGGUCAAAGGAGAGAAAUUCUACGAGAGCAUCGACUGGGAAGCCCUGCUGGCCAAGAAAAUGAAGCCGCCAUUCCUGCCAUCGGUCAAACAAUCCACGGAUGUCAGCAACUUUGACAGCGACUUCACGCAGCUGCAGCCCGUCCUCUCGCCCCCCUGCAAACCCUUCAAGCUCUCAGCGGAGCAGCAGCAAGCAUUUGUGGACUUUGACUUCUGCGCUUUGCAUGGGUGAAAGAAGAGCCGACGUUUGUGCAGCUGCUUCACGUAACGACCAACGACCCCGUAAGCAGGUUGAACACAUCAGUGUUUUCUUUGGUAGACAUUCCUGACAUUCACAUUUGGCUUCAGUGGACUGAUAUUACGAGUCAUAAAAAAACGAGUCAAUACGGUCUGCCCUUUUAAACCCUAACUUUGGACAAUAGCAAAACAUUUUAUUGCUAUUGAUUGUUGCAUCUUUUGACCGUUUUUAUAGAUCCACUGAUCCAUGAAAAAAAGUGCUUUCCAAACACUUAGCGAUUUACGGUCACGUGAAGGAAGAAAUGACACCUUCUGUCAGUUUUAUUGUAAUAUGAAUCAGGAUAUAAUUAAAAAAGUCGAUGAGCACGACUUCAGAUGAACAACUCAUGACAUAUCACACUGUUAUUAUUACAUAAUGACAAAUACAGAAACUGAAGUACGGCCCGUGAUUCAGUAGCUUGUAGAACCACCUCCAAAAGUAAUAACUUGGAGUAAAUGUUUUCUGUAGGUCGUCAUCAGUCAUUUUGGUCCAUUUUUCUUUGCAAUGUUCCUUCAGUUCAUUGAUGUUUGCAGACAUUUGUUCAUGCACGUCUUAAGCUCCCACCCAUUUCAGUCAGAGGUCUGGACUUUGACUGGACCAUUGCAGCACAAUGUUGUUCUUGUUGUUUUUUCUUCUCUUUUUCAGUCAUUCUGUUGUACAUUUGAUGGAGUAUUUGCAUGGCCCAGUUUCAGCUGAGCUUUAUAUGCCAGACAGCCUCACAUCUGCUCUGGUAUGCAGAAGGGUUCAUGGUCCAGUCAGGGAGUGCAGAGUGUCCAGGUGCUGCAGCUGCAAAACAAGACCAAAUCCUCACCUACUUCCCAACAGAAGGCCGGUGCUGGGAUGUUUGUAUAAAUAUGCUGUGUUUGGAUUUCACCCAAACCUGGAGAUGUGCAUUAUGUCCAGAUAUCUCCACUUUGGUCUCGUCUAUCAAAAGAACAUUGCUCCAGAAGUCUUGUGUUUUGUUCAGAUGUAACUUUGCAAACCUAAACCUGGAAGCUUUGUCCUUUCAAGCAAGCCAGAGUUGUUCAGUCUUUUAUAUAGCUGUGCUGUCAUGGACUUUAACAUUUAACUGACUGAGACUGUUAGCUCUGAAAUUUAGCUCCUGGUUGUUUUUUUUCCAACAAUUUCUCUGAGCAUUGCACCGUUUGACUUUGAGGUGAACUUGCUGGGAUGUCCAGACCUUGAGAGAUUGGCAGUUGUUUUGAAUGUUUUACACUGAUGAACAAUCUCUCUCGCUGAAGAAAGAUGGACAUCAAAUGGUUUGGAAAAGGCCUCAUAACUCUGCCAGAUUGAUAGGCAGCAAAAACAGCCUCUAAGAUCAUUGCUGAUGACUUUCUUCCUCGGCAUUGUGUUAAUAUUCACCUGAUUGCUUCAAACCAGUAAACACCGUAAACUUGGUGGUCAACUUAGUCAAGUGGAUUUGAUAGGAUACCAUCAAAAACAGUAAGGAUAUAUAUUUUUCACUUAUUGCUUCUGUAUUUUGGCCGUUUCUGUUUAUAAAUAAUGACAGUGUAAUAUUUAAUGUGUUGUUGUUCAACUGAGGUUGUGUUUACCGUAUUUAAGACCUGGUAAGGACCACUUUUUCAUGUCGCUGUAAGCUCAGGGCGGUGGAGGUCAACUUUAAGAUGUUCGAUGCUCUGAUGCCGACUCAGUCAAUCCGUGUAAAUCUGUCGAUGAUCCGGUUUCCCACCUUCAUUUUGUCAGUACCUCCAAAUGAACAAACUCCUUCAACAUGUUUGCAGCUCAGUCAUCAAACCAGACAAAACUGUCAAUGACAUAACCCUGACUGUACUUACUGUCAUCCAAUCGAAGCCCAAAGGUUGAUUAGAUAACUAGCUGACCGUGUUUUUCACUGAGCAGAGACAGCGAUUGUUGCUCCUCUCUGCGUCGGGUAAAUCUUUGAUCUGACUGUAUACACGUCCGUGUUCACCUUCUGCUGUUAUUACAAUAUUUGUCCAGAUAAAAAGCUUAAAACUAAACAAAUUUGACCGAGGUGGCGAAGGGAUGCUUGAAGAGCAACUUUAUCAGAUCUUCAGUACACAUCUCUUAAGUUAAACAAGUAUUAAUACGAUCUUAAUCCCAGUUGCAGCACCCUUUAACGAACAUUGUUAGGAGAGACUCUGGGUACAUUUCCUGAUACUUUAAAGCUAUGAAUAUUCGUCAGAUCUCGGUCAGCCUGUAACUCUUAAACAUUAUUAGCUUUGCCAGAUUUGAAUUUAACACUGAGGUGCUGUCUUUAAGGGAUCUUUCCUCAGCAUUUCUUCUUCUUCUGUCAUCUUUUCCUUCCAUCCUACCUUGUUAUUUCCACCUUCGCCUGUUGCAUAUCCUUGUUGACCGCAUACAGAAAUCUUCUCUUUGGUUUUCCACUUUUUCUCCUGGCAAAAGGAAAAAAACCUGGGAAAGAGAAUCUUAAUAUCUUCCUCUCCUCCACCUCCAGCUCUGCUUUCUCACUCUUUCUCUCUCUGUGUGAAUUACAACCCAAGGUAAGGAACGACUACAAUAGAAACAAAACAACUUGGGUGGGUUACGUCCAGCUUUACAUCCAGUUACAUCAUAAUCCUUUAAAUAAACAAGUUCAACCUGAAGACUUCAGUUUCAGUAAUAACCAGUCAAAGCCUCCUGACUGCUGAAGACAGAUUCAGCUUGCUUCGUGGCCUUUGCGUCUUAUAUUUAUUUACAAUAGUAUUCCUUUAGAGGGACGCAUCGUGCUGCCGUUUCUACGCCUCACUGUGACAGACUCAGCUCACUGCCUUGACAAACGAAACAAGCUAACCCUCCGUCUGGUCUCUUUUUUAAAAAGAUGUUCAAUCCAACAUCUCAUGUAUUCGUCAAAUCAUUCCCACGUAGCUCAGAUAUGCAGCUCUGACAUAUCAGUUUCCUCCGGAGUGACAGUUUCCUGUUACAAUUAUAGAAGUGCAUGGCACCCGUGGUGAACUUGUGCACUAGAAAUGCUGUAUUUGCUAGCAUUCUGCAGUAAGCCAUAGAUAGCCACAAUAGUGAUAAAAUGUCUGUAUUUUUAAUUUAUCAAAUUAUAUGCUGUAAUACUGAGCUUUAAUGAUGUCGGUGGAAUAAAAGAAAAAAAUGAGGGGAGCAGCAGGAGCAAUUAUUGAUGAUACCUAAGCAGGUUUGUUGAAUUCCACAAUGAUAGAAUUUAAAAAUAAAUAAAUAGAUUUAAAAAAAAAAGAAACCCCUCCAGGUUCAAGCCCAUAAUCUCAGACUCGCAGCUGACUUUAAAAGCAGCAGCACUUGAUGAGAUCUGGGGCAAAAACCGGGAACUAACAAAUCUAUACAGAUCUUUAAAGAGUAACUUAACACUCAGUCCUUUUUUCUUUUGAUUAAGCAAAUAUUUUCCUAAAUUAUUUGAUAUUGUCACAGCCUUUGUAAAUGUAUAAAUGUUCUUCCAGGAUGACGACAUGAAUGUAUAUAUUUUACAGAAAAAUAAAAAUGUUUGUGCAGACAGGUAGAACAACUGGUUGAUGUGGGUCACUCCAGAUAAGUCUUAUCAAAUAGGCUUUUCGAGUUGGAGUAGAGUACGCUACAUAGUCCAUCUUUCCUGGACUUUAGAUACCUACCGGGGCUUUGUCUCAUGGAAAAAGAGACUUUGGGGAGCCACCCACCUACAAGAAACCUCAGUUUAUGUGGCAUUUUACCUGCACGUCAUGUCAUAACAGAGCAAACGGCUUUUGCCUCAAUGAUGUUUCAGGUUUCUUUAGCAUUAACUGGCCAUGACUAAUUCAUUAAGAGAUAAUAUACAUGAAAUGGGUUCAAGCCCAAAGCAAAUUUGAUCUCUACACCUCCACAGAUUGGAGGAUUCUGCAUUAAAUACCUGCAUCUCUGUGGCUGUUUUCUGAGAUGUUUUAGUUCAGGAUCAGUAAACCUCAGCUGCACGCACUCACAUUAGAGCUUCGAUUUAAAAGAAUAAACAAAUACAAACAACUUCAAAAAAUAUUGAUCAGUUGAUGUUAAGAAAAAGCUGAUGCAAAUAGAUUCAUAUAGAAAUAAUUUAAAGCCACUUUAUGUAGCAAUACUGUUUCUGGCCACAUGGGGCGUUUAUGGUAGAUCUGCUUCAUGGACAAAAGAGCCAACGAAGCCUAAUUCAUACUUCUCCACCAGCGAUGGCAUUAGAUGCUGUGCGUACGCUACGAGCUUCGCUGCUACACGGAAGCUUAAAUUAGCCUUAAUAAUACUGUGCUAAUGAGUGGAGAUGGUCCGGCAUGUUGCUGCUUGCGCUGGGGGCUGACACAUGAACUUUCUUGUGAUAAGCGGCCCCCUCAUGCUCAGAAGUGGUAUUGCUGCAUGUAGUCGUUUUUAAUUGGCAUGUUCAGUUUACACUCUCCAAAUAUUCGUAGGCUACUGUUGCUUUAGUCUUGUAACUCAAUGGUGGUAUCUGAGUACCCUCGCACUAAUAGGACUUGCCAAAGUUUGAUUCAUACUGAGGUUUUCCCGCUAGGAAGUGAAAGUGAAAAUUGUGCCUGAGUACACAUGAAGAAGCAGUCAAUAAUGUCUGCUUUGUGCAUUUCAGAUUUAUAUGUAAAACAACUUCCAGACUGAUUCAGUCAUUAGUCGUGGGGUUGGUGUUCCCAUCGCUGUUUUUUGAAUAAGCUCAAUUCUCGUAACUCUCCGUAUCUCAUCAUUUGGGAGUGGGUUUUGUGCAAAUCUAGCGGCAAGGGAAAACGCAACUAUCGGUGAGACUUUCAUGUGACUUCAUAGCAGUCAAAUCAUUUCUGAGAAUGAAUAAACUUUCGUCAAGUCUCAGUUGUGAUUUUGAUCCACUCCUCCUCGGUGUUGUUGUUCCGGUUUGUUUGGGAGGCUACGUUUCCAUUAAGUGGGUCAUUAAUAUUCUCCACGACACUGUGGCUGUUUUUCACUUCUUGACCACGGUGCUGGGUACCGUUCAUAGUUUCUCUACAUACGGCUUGAUGUUUUCCUCCAGAAUCUCGGUGCGUGAUGAUCACCUCCAAGGAUCAACACCAUCCCAAUGGGUUCACAUAAGUUAGGUCUUCAAGGCAGGCCUUUGAAGAAUAAACAGCAUCUCCAAGACAGGCUGAAAAUAUCAUUUAGCCUUUGCAAAAGCUUUGUCAGAGAAAAAAGGUACUGUUGAUCAUUUCUCUGAUAACACAGUGAAUGAAUGGUUCCAAAAAGAUGGUAAUCCAGAAAGUAUAGCCAAAGUAGUUAAGAAGUAUUUGAGAGAAAUUCAUGCCUUAUUGGUGUUAAGUUCCUCUUUAAAAACAAAAAAAAAAACCCAGGACUCCUGCUCUAAAGCUUAAAGUGAACACAAGUUAUUCCAACAGGGACGAAUCCCGCUGACGUGCUCUUGAGCUCUGCCUGCUUCCUGUAACACUGCAAGAGGACAGCCGGUUAGCUUCGCCGUCGUAGCACUUUAUGCUGCUGAUCAUUACAUGUUAUAUGUGCGUCGGUACCGUGUUCAUGUAUAUGAAGCAUCCUGUGUACCAAUGUCAAGUCUGUACAGAUGUUCUCUAUAACACAUGCAAUCAAACAUGUUUUAAUGUACCAUUGUUGUCAAUAAAUACAAAGAGAAUAAUGCAGUAGAAAAAAAUCUCUGUGAUUGAGUUCAUGGCUCCAUCUAACUGUUACAAUAAAUUACAUCAGUACACAAGCAGGUAGAGGUUGAAGGCAGUUACGUGUUAGGACGUACAGUCACAACUACA